AUUCGAAAAUUUUAGAAAGAAAUCGUGAACAAGUGUGACAAGGAGUUGGUGAUGUACUCAUGUCCGUUGUUUCUUCUUUCUUUUAUCGAACGAAAUAUUUAAUAAAGCACGAGAAUAGUCCAGGUCAGACAGAGAGGAAGCUAGGUAAUUUGUCAUCUUUCUACUGCUGCCUUCGUAUUUUAUGAAUCUAGAGGAAUUUAAGCUGAAUUGACAUACAAAAUGUCCAAGUUCCCAUUGAAUGAUGAAAGUGACCUGGUUCCAUCUACACCAGAAGAUGUGUCUGAUAACGAGGCGUAUGAAACUCCAGCUGCCCAUUCUUUUAAUAAAUACUCAAAGUCUAAUGUGAAAGCAUCUGCUGUUUCACGUACAGAGAAGAUAGAAGAGUCAGUACAGGGAGAAGAUUCAGACUCUUACAGCGUUGAGGGAGAAGAAGAGGAGGAGUCCCAGCAUUCAUCUAGGCCUGGAUCUUCAGAUGAUGAGGAACCUGAAGAUGAGGUAGAUAAAAGUCGAUCCUCUAACCUGGUUGUCAGUCCUUUUGAAACUAAAAAAGGAUCGAAGCAAAAGGCUCAUAGAUUUAUUGAGAGUUCAGAAGACGAGUCUGAUGAUGAGUCUGAUGAAGAAGAUGUGUCAUAUCGUGUGAGAGGAAAACGUCUUGGAUCUAGUGAAAAAUAUUCAACUAGUCAAAUUGGAGACCUGGAUGAAUCUUACCAAGUAAUUCAAGCUGGAAGGCGUCAAGCAAAAUUGGUGAUUCAAAGUUCUGGAGAAAAUUCUGCUGAAACUUCUGACAUUGAAGGCUUGGCAAUUCAGAAGGCCAAUGCUUCUGAUAGCUCUGACGAAUCCGCAGAAGAUUCUUUUGGUUCCUCCGUUAAGAAGAAGCCAACCCGAAAUCCAAUUGAUAGUGAUUCCGAUUCUAGUGGACCACCGGUUAGAGGAAAAGCAAUUGACACUGACACUAGUGAAGAGUCCGAUUCUAGUGUUGAAGCAACACCGCGAGUCUAUCGUGAACAAACUGGAAGGAAAGCUGCAUUAUCAUCCACUGAAGAUGAGUCUGAGGAUAAUAUUAGGAAAGAGAUGACUCCUCGUAUCCGAAAGCAAUUCAUCGACAGUGACGUAUCUACUGAAGAAGAAGUAAGGGUUCCUCGUAUAAAAACUCCUCAUGUCCGAGAUCAAAUCAUCGACAGUGACGUAUCUACCGAAGAUGAGGUUGAAGCCAUUGCCCCACGGCUCCCUUCGUCCUCUCGUAUCCCUACACCACAAGCGAUUCAGCGUGCUCUUCGCAAUACCAGUCUUGAUAGACACGUUUCGGGGAAUGAUUCAAACAUGGAUCCCAUUAACGCUAAUCAUGAAAUGUCGAGGAAAUCGGCCGAUAAAAGAUUUUCGCCUCCUGAGCCUCUUGUAGAGGAAGAAGAAGUACCGAUCCAAGAUCUAUCCAAUAGUAUUCUUGAGGUAUCAAGUACUGUUGUAUCUUUUUCGAGCCCUGAAGUUGAAGGAAAAGAACAAGAUCAGAGCAUAACUGAGUUAUCAUCACCGGAAAUUGCACGAACUCUUCCUGUUCGACUCUCGGCAGCAGAAAUAACGCGGAUGCGUGAAGAUCUUGAGCGCCAAAAACUUCUUUUGGUAUCGUCAAAUUUAAAAUCAUUGCCCGAUGGAGGAGAAAGGCUCCGAGACAAAAUUCGUAAGCUGACUGAACAGCUAGAAACAGCCAACAAACUCGGUGUAAAUCCCCCAAUGCGCCCCGUUCCAGUUUCAUCAGUAGCGUCAAGUGAAGUCCAAGAAGAUGAACUUCGAAAACAAAUACAAAUGAAAAAGUGGGCCAUGGGUAACGCAAAUAGCGACGACAAGGAGCGCCUGCGAACUGAAAUCGGUGCCAUGGAGGGUCGUCUUAUUAAGUUGUCAAUUGCCAAUGCAACCAACGCCGGCAGCAGCAGUUACGGCUCAAAACAUUUGGAUUUCCAAAAUGACACGCAGAAUCGCCAAUUAGCUGUAAAACCGAAAAAAACCCAACUUCUUCCUGAAGCUCCCAGACUAACCGAAAUGCAGAAGAAGAUGUUUGCCGAUAAUGCGGGAAAGGAACUCUACCAGAAAACGGAAACCGGUUACAUCUCUGCUGCUGCCCGUCGUGAGGCUGUUUCCAUCACUAUGGAUUCGCUUGAAAACCUUCAUCGUUCUCUCGCCAGUUGCCCAAAAGAAACCGAUGUGGAGAGUACGCCCGCCUGCCUCACAGUUCCUCUCUUGGCGCACCAGGAGCGCGCACUCAAAUGGCUUUUAUGGCGCGAGACUCAAAUUCCUGCUGGUGGAAUAUUGGCGGACGACAUGGGUUUAGGCAAGACACUGACCAUGAUUGCAUUGAUCGUGAAACAAAAGGAACUAGAUCCUCCACCACCUGCGUCCUCCAACAUUUGGCUCUCCAAGACCGUCAAGAUCAAAAGGUCAUCUGGUACUCUCGUUGUUUGCCCCGCCAGUGUAGUGGGCCAGUGGGAGAAGGAAAUUCAUCGUCGCUGCAAGCGAAACUCGUUGAGUACUGUUAUUUUUCAUGGACCAGAUCGUAACAAGUUAGCGUCCAAACUACAUCAAUAUGAUGUUGUAAUCACAACUUAUCAGAUUGUCUCCCGCGAAAUUGCGAAUGUGAGUUUGGACAAAAAGGAUGGCGAUUCUAAGCCUAUUGGAGAUUUUGAUGUGGAAACCGAUGCCAAGGCCAUGAGCCAGUCAGUUCUGUUGCAGAUCGCAUUUGACCGAAUCAUUUUAGAUGAAGCUCAUGUGAUCCGUAAUCCUAAAGCCGGAAUAUCGCAAUCAGUGUGCAGACUCCGAGCUUCCCGUCGAUGGGUCGUGACUGGCACGCCAGUACAGAACAAAGAGCUGGACAUGUACUCCCUUCUCCGCUUUCUUCGUGUCACGCCGUUCGAUCAGCUGGCGGUAUGGAAGCGAUGGGUCGAUUCUUCAAAAAAUAAAAACGAACAAGCCCAAGGACGUCUUCAGCUUCUGAUCAAAACUCUCCUCUUGCGUCGAACCAAAGAUCAAAAGGUAGAAGGAAGCGAAAAACCGCUAGUUGCUAUGCCUGCCAGGGAGGUACACACUCACAACGUAGAGUUAUCACAAGAAGAGAACGAAGUCUAUCAGAAACUCCUCGCCUUUUCACGCAAGGCACUAGAGGAAUACAUCAAAAAUCAAGAAAACAAAAUUAAAGAAGGUUACGGUUUCACCUAUGAUCGCCGGAAUCUUCCGGAACUUCCCCAAAAGAACGUGACGAAACAGAUGAUGUUGGUGCUCCUCCUACGCCUCAGACAGGCUUGCUCUCACCCCGCUUUGAUUCAAACAAUGUUGGAUGCCACUGACUCGGAAUCUAUGGGGAGCGAAGACGCCAAAAUCGAGGAAAACGAUCUGGAUUUGAUUUCUCAAAUGUCCACCAUGACGUUGGACAAUAAACCGGGCGAGCCGAAGAAAGAAGAAACCAACUUCUUUACCCAUACUAACCCAGUUUUCGAUCGCGAUAAUAUGAGCAGUAAAAUGCGGUACAUUACCGAGGAGGUCAGGAAAGUUGUCUCUCAAAAACAAAAAGCUGUGGUGGUCUCGCAAUGGACAUCCAUGCUGGAUCUGUUUGCCCAGCAUUUUCAGCGUAUGCGCAUUCGCUGCCAUUUGAUCGCAGGUAGCGUUGCUAUCAAACACCGAACACAAAUCGUAGAAGAUUUCAAUAGCAAUCCAGACGGUGCACCGGUUAUUCUUCUAUCCUUGGGUGCUGGUGGAGUUGGCCUCAAUUUAAUUGGAGGAAACCAUAUUUUCAUCGCAGAUAUGCAUUGGAAUCCUCAGCUUGAGGCUCAAGCCUGCGACAGGGUGUAUCGCGUUGGCCAAACUAAAGAUGUCCACGUACACCGAAUGAUAACUCAGGGAACUGUAGAAGAAAGAAUCCUUCAGUUGCAGCAGGAAAAGUUGGCAAUGGCUAAUGGCAUACUUACUGGAGCUGCGAAGUUGGCUACUAAGGGUUUAACUAUUGAUGAUUUGAAAAUGCUCUUUAAUCCUGGCCCGCCUGCAUAUGCCCCUAAACCCAUGUUAAAUCAACCUGAAGUUUAAGUGAAGUGAUGUUAUUCCCUUCAUUUAUCUAUCACGUGUUAUUUAGAUGCGUUCUUAUUUCGGUUUCUUCCCUUAUAUUAAAUCCAGUUCGAAAUUGAUAGUUUUCAAUAAAACAAAAAAACACUCAAGUUAAAAAAGGAAA